CAGCCCGCCGCAGGGUCCCAGCCACCAUGGCUGGGAUAGUGGUCAGUGGAACUCAAGUGUCUUACAUAGGCCAAGACUGCAGAGAAAUCCCAGAGCAGCUCAGCAGGGACUACGGACAUUUUGCAAAGAGGCUUGAUCUGAGCUUCAACCUGUUGAGGUCACUGGAAGGACUGAGCGCAUUCAGAAGCCUGGAGGAACUCAUCUUAGACAACAAUCUACUCGGUGACGACCUCGUGUUGCCACGGUUACCCCACUUGCACACCCUAACCCUCAACAAGAACCAAAUUACCGAUUUGGAGCACCUCCUGGAUCAACUGGCUAAAGCGACACCAGCCCUGGAGUACCUCAGCCUGCUGGGAAAUGUGGCAUGUCCCAAUGAGCUGGUCAGUUUGGAGAAGGAUGAGGAAGACUAUAAGAGAUACAGGUGUUUUGUUCUGCACAAGCUGCCCAAUUUGAAGUUUCUGGAUGCCCAGAAAGUCACCAGACAAGAACGGGAGGAGGCAUUGGUGAGAGGGGCCUUCAUGAAGGUGGUGAAGCCCAAGAUUUCCAGUGGGGAUGAUGCUGCCUCUCCAGAGGGACACCACCAGUACACACCCCUGCCUUCUGCAUCCAGAGAGCUUACCAGUCACCGAGGUAUCCUGGCGAAAGGUCGCUAUUUUUACUAUGGCAGAAACUCAGAGGGUAAUAGGUUCAUCCGAGAUGACCAGCUCUGAAGCUAAAUUCUACAUGCCUUAACCUAUUUCAUGAUAAUAAAAUGGAAAGGCAA